AUGUCGCCAUCUCUGGCGAUGAGGUUGAACAGUGAUGCAGUAACACUAGAUACAGCAAAGACCAACGUCCAAGCCUCCCGCCGUCCACAAAAUCAUGUCUCACCUCGCGGGCAUCGGAAUCUUGUAUUCCCAUCACACCUCUCCCUAGAAGACAGCUUCAGGCUUCUUCUCCUACCCAUCACACUUCAUCAAGACUCUGCCUACUGGCUUUCCUACCUUCCCGCAAAGAUGCCCAACCAACCCAUCAUGCCCAUCACCGCCCAGCUGUACGAACGCAUCGAAGUCCACGGCAUGCCCAUGCUCCGUUGUCUCGUCUGCGGCCACUGGAAUUACGUCCAUGAUCCGGAGUGUGAGCUCAACCAGAAUGACAGCGAUGACGGGGAAGAUGAUGGAUAUGAGGAGAAGGUGGUGCCUGGGGCUUGGCCAGUCGUGUAG